AUGUCACUAAUCAAUCCACCUCUAUUCACAGAGCUCACGGAAUCGGUGCCAUGGCUCAAAACCAACAAUGCCCUCAAAACACGUCUUCUGGAAGCGUACACUGAGAAUUCCAGCCAAUGGAUCGCCGUCAAUUGUAUCAUAGAUAGCCUAGAUCUCCAACCAUACAAGACAGAACCGGUAGAGGAGCAGGAACAUGAGCUACUGAAGGCUGCACCUGAUCCUGUCCCAGCCCGGGUAUCCGAAGCAGUAGAUAUGCAGAGAAGGGUGUCGAUUGAUUUGAUGCUGAAAGCUGCAGCAGUUCCACCUAUCCGUAGACCAUCCCUAAGUAAAGCGGCGGAAACGGCAGUUUCCACAGUCAGUGUGGUCACGAAAGUCACCGAGCUCGAAAAUGGAGACUAUAAACCUCUAUACACACAGAAAGACCCGAGAACCAAGGGGCUACAUUACAGACUAGCGUUCCAAAGAGAACGGUGGGAUCCGCUCAAAAUGAGAAGGAAAAGCUCUGAAAGUCCAGAAGAAGCAAGUACUGAGCCGGCAAGUCCCACCGUAGAUACUGCUCUGACCACAUCUGACGCCAUCAAAGCGGCAAGAAGAAUGUCUCUAGUCACUAAACACCUCCCACUGUAUAUCCGCGACCAGCUCGUGCCUACGCCUACAAUAAGUCAGGCGGGACUGCCAGAACCCACUUCGGUAACUCCGAUACUGCCAGGAACCGGUAAUCUUCAAGCUGUGACCUCUAAGAAGGGAACACCACAGGCGCAACUGCAAGCAGCAUCUACCUCGUCUGCCAACCCUAGUGGUAAAACAGAAAAUGCUAGAAUCAACAAUCUUCUCGCGAAUUCUCUCUCUUUCUACUACAAUGAUGACCAUGAGCCCAACAUCAGCGUCGGCGAUACAUCGAGUGUGUCAGAAGCCGACAAGGAAUAUAUUCUGCCUAGUCUGUUUGCCAGAUCCGAAGAUUAUGGCCACAGCACGGCCUAUGGUCAUAUGGGAGACGAGACGGAUGGUUUUGAACUUGAUGAUGAUGAUGAUGACGAAGACGACGACGAUGAUGAAGACGAUGAGGAUGACUAUUUGUUCCGCUGA